GAGGGCUCUGCAGCAUUGCUUUCCAAGAGGUACUGGCCUCUCCCGUGGCCACAGCAUUGGAUUCAAAAGAGACUUUCUGCUUUUUUUACUUUCUCUGCAGCCCACUGCUUAGUAACUGUUCCUUAACUCCUAACUGCCAUUCUAAACUCUAACCCACUAGACUAAACCCUUGGCUUUUAUCCCCUGAGGGAGUAGGGUUGCCGUAUUUCAAAAAGUAGAAUUCCUCACACCCGCAAAGUUGGAAACAGAGGCUUAUCAGUGAGUCCAUCAUACCACUUGGGUCUAUUGUAAAAACGCAGGAGUCUGCUUAUUUCCUGGUUCAAACAUUCCAACAUUAAUUCAGUUCUAACACAAACUUAACCCAGAAUUCAGGGUGUCUUACACCACAGAUUCAUAACAAUUUGAAGCUUUGAUAACUGCUGCCUGAGCUGCCUGGUUUUUGUCUUCCCUCCUCAUCCCUUCUUCCUUCUGUGGCAUGUCUUUUACAUUGUUGACUGGGAGAGUUCUCACAUGGUUAUUGACAGUGAAAGACGCUGCGUGCUACAUACAGCAGAGAGCACCAUUUCCUGCUGCAAAGCAGCCACUGCCUACUCGUAACUACGUAGCUGAGCAAAUAUGUUGCUGCACACCUGCAUAACCUGUUCAUAGGGGGAUGAUAUGCUAAUCGAUGUGGCUGAGGAAAUGACUUCUAGCAUUGCGGUGGAACAAGAAUCUUUAAGUCAGGAUCGAGAAAGACUCUUUGUUCUGGGAUCUUGAAGAAGGGAUGUGCCGACUGACAACGUUGUGGAGGGAGCCCUCAGGAUUCCAAAUAUAAGAAGAAUAGGAUUUGCGUGGACUCCAGCAACUGAUGAAGAGCAGGCCAAAUUUGACCAAACAUGGCAGGAGAAAUAAGGAGGCUUUCACGCACGCUGCUGGACUGUCAGAAGAAUGAUGAACUGUGUGUUGUACGAGAGAAUCAGACUGAAGUAAUCAUUGUACCAGUCCUCUUGAUAGGGGUAUUUGUCAUUAUCUUAAGUGUCAUCCUUUGGCUCCAUUACCAGAGCAUGAAGGCAAAGCAGCAGGAUUCUCCAGAGUCCAGCGAAGAAGGUCAUGUCCCAGUAUCAGAAAAGAAGAAAAGCCCAGGGAAAACGGUCAGCAUAUCGGAACAUACUACCAUUCAAUUAAAUGAGACAACCAGGAGUUCCUUGCUUAAAACUGCAGCCUUAACCUUCAAGGAGCUGGAGAUUCCACAUGAGAAAAUAUCCUGGGAGUCACUGAAGCUUAUAAGAAAUGGCAGCUUUGGGGGAAUCUACAGAGCAGAGCUGAAGACCAGCAACCCUGGGAAAACUCAGCCAGUCUUACUGAAGGCCUUGAAAGAGUCUGCCAGCUCCCAUGAGAUUAAAGAUUUUAUGGAAAGGAUUAAGUUUUAUCAGUUUCUUGGUAAUCACGAAAACAUCGUUAAGUUAAUCGGGUGUUGUGUGCACCAGAUGCCUCUUUACAUGAUAUUGGAGGAUGCUUCCAAUGGCAAUCUUCUGAACUUCCUUUGGACCUGCCGCAGGGAUGUGGUGACCAUGGAUGGAUUGCCACUUGAUCUUACAGAGAGGCAGGUCUAUAAAAUUGGACAACAAAUUGCAUCAGCUCUGGAUUUUCUUCAGGGGAAGAAACUAUUUCAUGGUGAUGUGGCAGCCAGGAAUGUCCUAAUUGGCAAUGCAUUUACUGUGAAGCUCUGCAGACUGGGACUGGCGUACAGAGGCCACACCUGCAGUCCCAGCUCCAUCGCACAAACCGUUCCACUCAAGUGGCAGGCUCCAGAGCGACUUAUGAAGAAACCACCCAACAUCAAGUCAGACAUAUGGUCCUUUGGAAUCUUACUAUAUGAGAUGAUCACAUUAGGAGCGCCACCCUUUCCAGAGGUUUCCCCGUCUGAUAUCUUGCAACACCUUCAGAGGCAGCACACUAUGAAGAGGCCUUCCAGCUGUCAGCCAGCCAUGUAUAGCAUUAUGGUGGCCUGCUGGCGCUGGACUCCAACAGAUCGCCCUUCACCCACUGAGCUGAUCAGGAGGCUGCAAACAGGAAUCAAGACCAGCAAUGACCAGGCUGUUCUGCAAAUUCCGGAGCUGGUGGUACCUGAGCUCUAUGCCGCUGUAGCCGGGAUUGACUUGAGAGAUCUCGCCACCGACUACACCGUGUUCUAAAAAGGUGCCUUUUCAUAAUGUACAGAAGGCAGACUCUGCGAAAUGGUAGCUUCUGAAGACUAAUCAAGAAAGGAAAUGGCAUCAUUUCAGUUCACCAUGGAAAAAUGAAGGAGAAAAUGAAGUUGGAUGUUAGGAAGCCUUGCUGUAACGGAACAGGUGUGCAUCGUGAUAUUGUGCGCAUUUUAUUGUAAGCAUGUCCAACUGACUUCAAUGGGUGACCCGUACAACUGUUCAUAGAACUGUAACUUUAGUAGUAGAAGAAGAAUUGAUAGUUAUCCAGGAAACGGCUUCGACUGGCCGGCUAAACCAGGUGAAGGUAGCCUGUGUGGCUGACCAGGAAAGCCCAAAAGGGCAUAGCUGAUUGGUGGCUUUGUCUUCUUGUGUUAAUCUGCU